UUGGGUCGGCUAUGUAUCAGUGGCAUUGCUUAUGGACAUUUCUCCCAUAUACAUGCUCGUACUCUUUCAUGCUGUUCUUACUCUUCAUGUUUUAUCCGUCAUCGUUUUAUUAUAGAUCCUCCUCGUCGCCUAGCAAAUGGAAGUUUGGUAGUGAGUAUGCGCAUUGCCGAUCCAUCCGGUUCCAUCAUUUUCACAAUAAUGAAUGCAGAAGUUCAGGACCUGUUCGAGCCUGGGGAUAUUAUUAAGAUUAAAAACGGAUUCACUAAUGUCCAUCGAGGAAUGCUCAAUCUGUCAUGUGGUCGUCAAGGUGAGUUUAUGAAAUCAGGUGAUUUCAUGCUAGUGUAUUCUGAAACUCCGAAUAUGAGUGAGUUCAACAGUGAAUACGCAGCUAUGGAGCGAGCUCGCAAGCCGUCACCGCCGCCGGAUGGCGAAGUGGGUUCCUACAUGAGUCAGUCAAAUGAUUUACGUCGUGCGCAAGGAGUUCGUCCUGGGAUAUCAAUGCAUAAAAGGCCACCACCACCUGCUCAUCAGUCGGUACCACCAGGAGCACCGCCACCUAAACGGCAAGACCAAGGUGGUCCAGUACACUUUAGGGGAAGGGUGUAA